CAAAGGUCGCUCCUUAUAAACUCUACCAAACCCAAAGUACACACUCACUCGCACACGGCGCCGUAUUGCUCACAGCAAACCCAACCUUCUCUUUCUCUCUCUCUGCCGUUGAACAACCCUCCUUCCGCGGCUGCACCGUGCAACCUCGGUUCGAGCGGAAGACCAGAAGACCAACUACAGGAGGUGCUUGGUUGCAAAUGGCGACCACCGCAAGCCCCGACGUUGCCGAUGGCCCUGUGAUGAGCCUAAUCAACAAGCGCAUCCGCGCCUUCCGCAAAAAGAUGAACCGCAUCGUCGCCAUGGAAGAGUCCCUCUCCCAGGGAAAAACCUUGAACAAGGAGCAGGAAGAGUUUCUCCGAACCAAACCCUCCAUUCUCGCCCUCAUCGACGAGUUCGAGAAGCUUCGCCAACCCCUCGCCUCCGCGGUAGCCGAGGAACUCCAGGAAAUGGCGCCGAACGCGCGAAGCGCUGAAGCCCCAACCCAAACCCUAGCAGAAAGCUCUGGCUCGUUCGAGCAGCCGCCGCCGCAGCACUCAGGGGAGGACGUUGUCGUAGAGGACCUCCUCAAUCUGCUCUACUUUGGGUCGCUCUUCGAUGUCAAGAGCGACUUCGCCUCCACCAUGCUCACCCGGACGCACGAGCGCGGCUGCUGCCUGACCUACGACUACGUCACCGACGACGCUACCGAUCUGCUCGGCGAGAAGGACUUAGAUUCGAUCUCUGCGUUGCGUGGUCUGCUCGUCUCUCGGCCCGCCGACUCCAGCUUCUCCCACAAGAACGCGCUGCAGCGCUGCGUAGAACACGCAAAGCUGUGGCUUGCCAAGUCUGAGCAGCCCAUCGGCCCUGAUGCUGAUGCUACUUAUGUUGGAUUGCGAGAGAAGUUGAAUAAGAUAAUGUCUUCGGAGUACUUCACUACUACUCCUGAGAUGAAGGCUCCCGUUGAAGUCGCUGCGGCUGCUGCUGGGGGGAAUUACGUUUCUUUCCAUGUGCCCGUGCAUGGGUCUGUGGUUCCGGUUGAAGUGGAACAACCUGUUUAUCAGUCUCAGGAGAAGGAUGAAGCCACAAAUUUUCAAGUACAUGGAUCUGAAGAUGAUCACACUGAUCCUGAAGGAGAGCUUCAGAAGGAUGAGGUAGAAGCAGAAAAUGCAAAUGAAGUGGUGUCAAUUCAACAUGAACAGACCAACCCACAAGCGGAUGCAGAGCAGAAUGAACGAGAUUUGGAGGCAAAGGAGCAGCAGUCAUAUCCCAGGAGGGGUUAUCAGAACCAUAGAGGCGGUCGUGGUGGAGGUGGACGCAGGGGUUAUUCAAAUGGGCGUGGAGGUCGAAGUGGUGGUGGCAGAGGAGGCUACCAAAACGGGCGCAAUUCAUACUACGACCAGCCUGGAAAUUAUUAUCCAAGGAACUACUAUAACAACAGAGGAAGAGGAGGCAGAGGUGGUGGCUAUUACAGCAACCAUGGUGCGGGGGGUCAAGUUAAUCAUGUGGCAGGUGACGUGGGGGUGCAUUCAUGAUUAAUUAUGGGUUGUUUAUAGUGCUUAUUACUGUCACUAUUUAGUGGUAAACCAAUUUUUAUUCGCCUGCCAUGAAACAUGUUUUGAACAAUUUUGUUGACACUUGAAGCGUCGUCUAGAUUCCACCAUUUUGUAGUUCAGUGGUUAGUGUGGACCUUUGCCCGAAAUCUCACAGGAAGAAACUAUGCGAAUGUCUAAUGUUCUGGUUCUGGUUUUGGUUCUGGGGUCUUCUCUUCUUUAGGCAGUUAGAUGUUUCCAUUGCAUUUUUAUCAUACAGUAGGUUCUACUUCAGGGCACAAAUUGCAAAUGCAGUGCUUUGUUUGGCAUGUUUCAACUACUGUCCGUGCUGGGUUUUUCUUUUUUUUUUUCUCCUACAACAUCCAUAACGUUUUCCCAUGUUAAAUGAUACAUAGUCGUUGGAUUUGUUGGUGUGAAGAAAUAGAAAAUAGCUGAUGAUGGUUUGGAUGUGUGAA